CGGGCCGGGCCGGGCCCGCCGAGGCCGCUGUCGCCAUGGCAACGGGCCCCGCAGCCAACCGCUGGCCGCUUCCGCUGACGUCAGCGCCGACACGUGGAUCCAAGAUGGCGGCGGCGAUGGAAAGGCUAAGAUGUUUGCUGGUCUUGCUGUUGUGGCUUCGUGGUACGGAUUCUUUCUAUGUGCCCGGCGUGGCUCCUAUCAACUUCCAUCGGAAUGAUCCCGUAGAAAUAAAGGCUGUGAAGCUCACCAGCUCACGAACCCAGUUACCGUAUGAGUACUACUCGUUGCCCUUCUGCCAGCCCACCAAGAUAACGUACAAGGCAGAGAAUCUCGGUGAGGUUCUCCGGGGGGAUCGAAUUGUAAAUACACCUUUCCAGGUUUCCAUGAACGUGGAGAAGAAAUGUGAAGUUCUUUGCAACCUUCCCAACAAGCCGGUCACUCUGACCGUGGAGCAGAGCAAGCUGAUCGCUGAGCGGAUCAGGGAAGAUUACUAUGUCCACCUCAUUGCUGAUAACCUCCCUGUGGCAACACGGCUGGAGUUCUAUUCCAAUCGUGAGGAAGAGGAAAAGAAGAAGGAGAAGGAUGUGCAGUUCGAGCAUGGAUACAGGCUUGGGUUUAUGGACGGUAACAAGUUCUACCUGCACAACCACCUCUCCUUCAUCCUUUACUACCACAGAGAGGAUGUGGAAGAAAACCAGGAGCCCACCUACAGGGUUGUGCGCUUUGAAGUGAUUCCCCAGAGCAUUAAACAAGAAGACUUGAAGGCUGAUGAGAAGGGGAUGUGCACCCUACCUGAAGCCACAGGCUCAGCCCCUCAGGAAAUCGAUCCCUCUAAGGAGAACCAGAUGCUCUUCACGUACUCUGUCCACUGGGAGGAAAGCGACAUUAAAUGGGCUUCCCGCUGGGACACCUACCUGACCAUGAGCGAUGUGCAGAUUCACUGGUUUUCUAUCAUCAACUCCGUGGUGGUCGUCUUUUUCCUUUCGGGUAUUCUCAGCAUGAUCAUCAUUCGCACCCUCCGGAAGGACAUCGCCAACUACAACAAAGAAGAUGACAUUGAAGAUACCAUGGAGGAAUCUGGUUGGAAACUUGUGCACGGAGAUGUCUUCAGGCCUCCACAGUAUCCCAUGAUCCUCAGUUCUCUCCUGGGUUCUGGAAUUCAGCUCUUCUGUAUGAUCCUGAUCGUCAUCUUUGUUGCCAUGCUGGGGAUGCUGUCACCUUCUAGCCGGGGUGCACUGAUGACUACUGCCUGCUUCCUCUUCAUGUUCAUGGGGGUGUUUGGUGGGUUCUUCGCUGGCCGCUUGUACCGGACUCUGAAAGGACAUCGGUGGAAGAAGGGAGCCUUUUGUACAGCUACCUUGUAUCCGGGUGUCGUUUUCGGUAUCUGCUUUGUCCUGAACUGUUUCAUCUGGGGAAAACACUCCUCUGGAGCGGUGCCUUUCCCUACCAUGGUGGCCUUGCUCUGCAUGUGGUUUGGGAUCUCGUUGCCCUUGGUCUACCUGGGGUACUACUUUGGAUUUCGCAAGCAGCCGUACGACAAUCCCGUGCGGACCAACCAGAUUCCCAGGCAGAUCCCGGAGCAGAGGUGGUACAUGAAUAAAUUUGUUGGGAUUCUCAUGGCUGGUAUUCUGCCUUUUGGAGCUAUGUUCAUUGAACUGUUCUUCAUUUUCAGUGCAAUCUGGGAGAACCAGUUCUAUUACCUUUUUGGCUUUCUCUUCCUGGUGUUUAUCAUCCUGGUGGUGUCCUGCUCACAAAUCAGCAUUGUCAUGGUGUACUUCCAGCUUUGUGCUGAGGAUUACCGCUGGUGGUGGAGGACCUUCUUGGUGUCUGGAGGAUCUGCCUUCUAUGUGCUCAUCUAUGCCAUCUUCUACUUUGUGAACAAGCUGGAUAUCGUUGAGUUCAUUCCCUCCUUACUGUACUUCGGCUACACCGCCCUUAUGGUCCUGUCCUUCUGGCUCCUCACUGGCACCAUUGGCUUCUAUGCAGCCUACAUGUUUGUCCGGAAGAUCUACGCCGCGGUGAAAAUAGACUGAAGAUGCAGAGCCAGCAGAAAGCAGACACCUCUGAAUACAUGUCCUCCUGGGAUCGAAGGAGACAUCUUCUCCCAAUUCUUUUAAGGAAACAAAAUCCAGUGGGAGAGUGACAAGAGAAAUAAAUAACUCCUCAUUUUGGAAUGUAACUUUUGGCACAGUGUACAUGGAUUCUGGGCUACUUCUGGGGGGAAAAGGGGCCUGUAGAUACCUUACAUUUUAACUUUAUUAUCCUGUUCCAGAUUUGAGGGAGUUUUUUAGCAGAGAAAUAUCCCUCUGUAUAAGUAAACCCCUUUUUGCUAAUUCAUCUUUUUUUUUUUUUUUAUGUUGAUGAUGAAUGGAUUUAAGACAGCAGUGGAAACACUUGUGAAAACAUUUUCUUCCAGCCCCUAGGGUGCUCUAGGAUUCAGGGAGACUCUUCAGACAAGUAUCAGACUGGAUUUCUUUCCUGCCUUCAUGUCUGCACAGAAGAGGGAACUUGACUGUGGCAAAACAAAAGGAUCCUAACGGCUCACCCAGCAUGGGUCUGGCGUGCUCUCGCUGCAGAAGUCCUGGCAUCAGCUUGUUUACAGUUUGGAGGUGCCAUUCGGAGCCUAGGAAGUGCAAUUUCACCGUGAGAGAGCUGGAGGACUGCACCCCUCGGCAUCAUUUCUCCCAGCUUCUGGCCUUGGACAGCAUGGGAGGGUGGGAUUUCCCCUUUGGAAGGUGCAGCGGGACGCAGUGUUCUGGUGGAAGCGUGUGAUUGUGCUGGUGCUAGAACACGCCACUGGAAGGAUGCCAGAGGUAACGGCCGGGGUUUGUGGUGUGCAUAGCUCUGCUCCAGCCGGGUGAGGAGACGGGGCCGGCUUCCUUCCUGGGAACCCCAUGGUUCUGGGAAGCCUGAAGUUGGCGCCGCCGUUGCGUUAGUGCCAAGCAAUCUGAUGCAGUGUUGGGCCUCAGCUGCAGCGAGACGUGCGCCGGCCGUGCAGAAGAGGCUGGGGACGAGGAGUGGCCCCAAGGAGUUCUCCCAUUGCCAGAAGCGGGCUGCCUCACUGCCUGCCUUGUUCCCCAGCUGCUCUUGCUGCUCUCUUCUCCUCUCUUAGAUUCUCUACCUCCAGGGAACAGAAGUUCACACCCCCUCAGCUGGAUUUUGUUCUCCACAAAACGGUCUAAGUCCUCUGGGCAGCCAGUGUGGGCUCUUCUGCAGCAGGCUCCUCUUUUUCUGUGGCUUGAUGCCUGAAUAAGCCCCUGGGAAGAUCUUUUUAAACGAGGUCUGAAUUUCAUGUCGGUCAUUUCUGAUGUUCCCAGUAAAAAAACUUGCAGGUUGCAGUGAAAGCUCCCUCCAUCCCCAGAGUAGCUGGAUGCAGUCGGGGCUACAGGAGAGAGGUGUGGUGGUUUGUGAGAUCUAUUAACAAUUUUGGUUUUGCUUCUUCCUGUAGCAAGAAAUAAGGUCUCCAGGUGACCGGCUGUCCCAGGGGACACCAUUCCAACACAACUGUCCCAAGCCCUCCCUGUUACCAGCACUGAUGCAUGCACUUGAGGGGUUUGGGGCUAUUUUAGUCCAAAUGGCCGUAAGAGUUGCCACGAGGUCCACGCGAGGACCUGUGCCUCGUACUGGUGGCCUUGCUCCCUGCAGGGAGCUGGCUCUACAGAUGGUUUCAUUCCUCCUCAGCCCCAAGUCUUUCUGGCCUUGCCUAAUAACUUCCUCAGCCACGCGCCAUGCCAAAGUCUGAUCAGCCAGGAAUCAAGGAUGGACAAAAGAGAGCAGGGGAUGCACGAGCCAGCUGUGCUGUGGGGUACCGCGUCGGUUCUGAUUUAAGAUCUUUGUUUGUUGUUGUUUUUUUUUUGCUAUCCCCACCCAUGGAGAGGCUCAGCCAGCAUUGAUUUCUCUCCUUUCCCCCGGAGUGUUUUCUCUGUAUUCUUUGUAAUUUUUAAUUAAUGUAUGUAUUCUUUGUGCCCUACUGUAAAUAAAUCUGCCAUUGUCCUGUUC